UGGUUUCGCCUGUUUGUCCUAAGAGCCAGCUGGGGUAACAAGGACCUUUAAACAGAGCCACGAGCGUUUCAGGACGACGACGAGUCUUCCCUUUAGAGUUGAGCUAUUUUGGGUCUCCGCUUCCGGAGACUUGAAUGAGCUAUAACCCAAGAUGCCUCUAAAUGAUGAGCGACCCACCUCCACAUCCAGCGGUGAGGACCAAGGCAGCGAUGUGGAGUCGUCGUCGGAGCGCUGUGACAGCAUGACGUCGACCAGCGACCUGGACUGUUCCCGUGAAAGCUUCACCAGCGACACCUCCAGCAAGCAUUGCACGCCCUCCUCAAGCCCACCCAAAACCUUAACCCUGGAUGAAGUCAUGGAGUCUGCCAGAGACCUGUCCAAUCUCAGCUUGGCCCGAGAGAUCAUAGUGAACCGCAACUUCCAUGUAGAGACGGACAGCCUACCUCAGGACAGCUUAUGGAAGGCAGUCAGAGAUAACCUCCACAAGGCCUUUUGGGACAUCCUGGAGUCCGAGCUGAACGACGACCCGCCUGAGUAUGGACAAGCCAUCAGAUUACUGGAGGAGAUCAGAGAGAUUUUACUGUCAUUCCUUAAUCCGGGCGCCAAUCGGAUGCGGACCCAGAUUAUGGAGGUGCUGGACAUGGACCUGAUUCGUCAGCAGGCUGACAACGACGCUGUAGACAUCCAAGGACUUGCUUCUUACAUCAUCACCACCAUGGGCAAGAUGUGCGCACCGAUUAGGGACGAGGAAAUCAAGAAGCUGCGCGAAAGCUCAGAUAACAUUGUGACACUGUUCAGGGAGAUCUUCCGUGUGCUGGACCUGAUGAAAGCGGAUGUAGUCAACUUAACAAUCAAUAUUAUGAGGCCUGUGCUGCAGAGACAGGGUGUCGAAUAUGAGAGGGCAACAUUUCAGAGCAUCCUGGACAAAACACCCAAUGCUUUGAAGCACACCACCUCGUGGAUCAAGUCAGCACUGGAGGAGCUGUUGGCCAUCACCCCCAAAGACGGUCUGGAGAAAGGAGAGCGACUGGUGCCUGGGCCCUUUCAGGUCCUCAACACUGCCUUCCUACGCAUACUUACAUGGGAGUACGACAAGAGCCCACUGCCUGAGACCUGGAUGACUGAUGAGACACGUCUGCGAGAGAUUCAGUGGCAGCUCCAGCGGUGUCAGGCGGUGAACGAGGUGCUGCUCAUUAUCUACAGCACCAUCGGAGGGCCUAUCCAGGGUCUGUCCUCGCUGUCUGACCGCCUGAAGAGGAUGAUUAGUGUGCUGCUGGAUGGGAUGCACGGCCGGGACUUUAACCUAGAAGAGGCACUAGAGGGCGUCAGUGCUCAGAUCUGCUGUGAGCUCAACAAGUCAUUGACAGAGAGGAACUAUCCUUCGCUGAGCCCGGCGCUGCAGGCCACCCUCAGAGGCCAGAUCUGCAGCAUCACUCAGGAGGACAAUCCCAUCCGCACUCUCGUUGAGGAUCGUGUGCAUCAGUACUUCAUGGCACUCAUCUGUGAUCCCAAACCCCAAGCUAAACUUGAACAAGUACCAGCUGGCUUGAACGCCAUCAAGCCCGAACUAGCAUUGUUGGGAGCAAAGUUUGUCUCCCUGGUGAACUACAACAAGGCAGUCUAUGGACCUUUCUACGCGGAUAUCAUCAAGAAGCUGAUAUUCAGCAACAUCAGCCCGCCACCACCAGCAGCAAACCCUCCUCAGGACACCGCUCAGGACUCCGCCGCCUCCAACUGAAAACAAACUUUGUCUAAGGAGUCUUUUUGCUUCUAGAAGUAGCUAAAGCUAAGGAGGUACUACAGCAGCUAGGCAGUGCAACUGCUUCGCUCAGGCCAGUGUGCUCCAAUAAUUGGGGUUACCUUUGUUAUAUUGUAAAUGUAGUUUUUGUCACUACAUUUAGCAGUGACGGCACUGCAGUGUAGGCGCCAUGCAAGAGACAUUUAAUGUGACCUGCAUCCUUUGUGAUAAAAAAUACGCCCUUCUUUGAAUACCUACAGUUUCAAACCGGAAAACCAGUGUUACAGCGACCCAUGUCUGAACCUAAUAGUGAUCCUUACGCUGUAAAUUUGACUCAUGUUAUUGUGGAAGGAGUCCACAGGGAGAAAAGGGCAAAACCUUAGAAUGUCUAAGGCCUUCAGUUAGCUUUAUAAAGCAAGGAAGAAGAAGCUUAUAUAUUUAGAAAGGUAGCAGAGUAGCAUCGCAGAUUUCUUAUGAAUAGCAAGUUAUUUAUCACUGAUAAGUUUAAAGGUAAUCCUAACCGCCUUUGGACAUGAGAGAACCCGUUUCCUUUGGAGUUAGUCCUUUUGAUUGUUCUCACUUUAACGUCUUUAUCAGCCAGAGAACUAAACUUUCUGUAUUUUUUUUUAAUCUACUGAUAUUACUAUACAGCAAAAAACAAAAAAAGGCAAAAAACUGUUUGCAACAAAAGAAAUAACCGUCGUCUGCAUGAGUAGCUUUGUGUUGGGGUUAAAUCAUAUUAGUUUUUCUUGUCACAUGUCGUCUGUUCUUUACUUUUACUUACUCUCUGCCGAUGGAUUACUUGUUAUAUUGAUUUAGUUGUUAUGUUUGUUACAUUUUUGAGGUACCGUUGUCGUUGCAGUAUUGCUGUGUUGACUGUUAGAACCUGUGGGGAAAUGAAAGGUGCUGAACUCAAAGAGAUUUUAUGUCCAAAAUUUCCAGUGGACCCAACAAUGCACACAAAGAAAAGCCGUUGUGCACUUUCAGAGGUUUACAAGAAAAUGUGGGAAGUUGUUGUUCUUUUCUUCUGUACCACAGUUAAUAUAAUAAAACUGCAAAAAGAAAAUUGCCGGUGUCUUC